CCAUUCGAAGCAUGAAGCCCUUUUACAUUUGGGCCUUGGCAUCCUUUCCUUCGCCAGCACUCCUAUUACAUUCCAUUGCUCUGUGCCUGACUGCAAAAUUUUGCUUCAGCCAUGUCACACACUGCUGUACAAGGAAGUAUGGGUAGUCGCUAUGCCACAGGAUUGAGCUCCCACAGAAUAUAUCUGUUUGAGUAUGAGAAUUUCCAAGGGCGCAUGAUGGAGCUGAGUGGAGAGUGUCGUAACAUCUGUAACAAGGGGCUAAACCGUGUGGGCUCCAUCAGAGUGGAGUGUGGGCCAUGGGUAGGUUUUGAGCAACAGGAUAUGACCGGUGAGAUGUUCAUGCUUGAGAGGGGCGAAUACCCACGCUGGGACACUUGGUCCAAUAGCUACCGUUGUGAUUGUCUCAUGUCUGUCCGGCCCGUUAGAAUGGACCCAAAGGACCAUAGGAUCUGUCUGUAUGAAUGCAUGCACUUUGAUGGUCGUAAAAUGGAGGUUUCUGAAGAAGACAUCCCAAGUUUGUGGUGCUAUGGCUUCCAGGACAGAGUCGCCAGCAUUGAAGUAAAUGGUGGAACGUGGGUUGGAUAUCAGUAUCCAGGCUACCGUGGAUAUCAGUACCUGUUUGAAUUUGGAUCCUACAAACACUGGAAUGAAUGGGGCGCCCAUCACCCCCAGAUCCAGUCUGUGCGAAGAGUGAGGGACAUGCACACGCAUCCCAGAGGUUGCUUCGAGAUGGCAUAAGGAACGACACAUGGCAUGGACAGGUGGACACAACAAAACCCUGCAGAGAAACCCUGUGGAAUGUUCAAAAAAAUCUUCA